UGGCCCCGGGAUGCGCGAGCCCCCGCCCCCGGGGGCGCGGGGCUGUCAAUCACGGGGCGCGGCCGCCAAUCAGGGCGCGGGCGGCCGGGAUUUUGGCAGGUCCAGAUGGAGCGGGACAGAAAAGCGCGCGCCGCCGGGGCCCGCCGCGCACCCGCGCUCCCGCGCCGGGGCCGCCAGCAGCCGCGGGCCAUGCCCCGGAGCCGGCCACUGCCCCGGAGCCGGCCACUGCCCCCGAGCCUGCCCCGGCCCCGGUCCCGGCCCCGCCGGGCCCGCAGCGGGCACCCCGCUCCCGCCGCCCCCGCUCCCGCCCCCGCCCCCGCGCGGGGCCGCCCGCCGCCGCCCCCCGCCGCCCCCCGCCGCCCCCCGGCCAUGCCCGCGCCCCGCCGGCUCUGAGCGCGGCCGGGCGAUGGAGGCGGCGGCGCUGGCGCGGGAGGGCGGCGGCCAGGGCCCCCCGCCCCACGAGCCCAUCAGCUUCGGCAUCGACCAGAUCCUCGGCGGCCCCGAGCCCGCCGGCGGCGGAGCGGGGCCGGCCCGGGCGGCGGGGGAGCCCGACUACGGGCUCUACGGCGGCGGCUACGGCCCCGCCUGCUCGCUCGGCUCCUACAACCUCAAUAUGAGCAUGAACGUGAGCGUCAACGUGACCCCCGCACCCGCCGCGCCGCCCGCCGGGGUCAUCCGCGUCCCGGCGCACCGGCCCGCGCCCGCCGCGCCGCCCGCCGCGCCGCCGCCGGUGCCGGGGCUCUCGGGGCUCACCUUCCCCUGGAUGGAGACGACGCGCCGCAUCGCCAAGGACCGGCUCUCAGCUGCGCUGUCACCCUUCGCGGCGACCCGGCGGAUCGGGCACCCCUACCAGAACCGCACGCCGCCCAAGCGGAAGAAGCCACGCACCUCCUUCAGCCGGGUGCAGAUCUGCGAGCUGGAGAAGCGCUUCCACCGCCAGAAGUACCUGGCGUCGGCCGAGCGUGCCACCCUGGCCAAGGCCCUCAAGAUGACGGAUGCCCAGGUCAAGACCUGGUUCCAGAACCGCCGCACCAAGUGGAGGAGGCAGACGGCGGAGGAGCGCGAGGCGGAGCGCCAGCAAGCCAACCGCCUGAUGCUGCACCUGCAGCAGGAGGCCUUCCAGAAGAGCCUGAGCCAGCCGCUGCCCCAGGACCCGCUCUGCAUGCACAACUCCUCCCUCUACGCCCUGCAGAACCUGCAGCCCUGGGCUGAGGACAACAAGGUGACGUCCGUCUCAGGGGUGGCCUCCGUGGUGUGAGGUCCCCGGGGAG